CCUCUGCGCGCGCUCACAUCACACUUCUCAAAAUGGCGGCGUCACUAUCUCGUCUCGGUAGUCCGGGUUUGAGGCUUGCUUUGCGCCCCCUCUGCCUCCGAUUAGCUUGGUUUUCUGGUCGUUCCGGUCAGGAAAUUAUCCACAAAGGCGAUUCAGCUGUUGAUGCUGCUAAAGAACGCGAAGAGGUUGGUAUUGCUCCAUUAACUGGCAUUCCCGAAUGGCACUUGAAGAAUCGCACCGUUCGUAUUUUCAAGCCAGCGCGCAAUGCAAUGCAGUCGGGUACACAGAGCUUUCAGUCGUGGCGUUUGGAAUUCGACACGAUGGAGAGAUGGGAGAACCCUUUAAUGGGAUGGGCUUCAACUGGUGAUCCUCUCUCAAACACCUCCCUGGAAUUUGGGUCAAAGGAGGAGGCCAUUAUAUAUGCAGAGAAACAAGGAUUUAACUAUGAAGUUGACGAAGCUCAUGAAAAAAUUAUACGGCACAAGUCGUAUGGGGCAAACUUCUCAUGGAACAAGCAUACACGAGUCUCAACAAAAUAAUCUGACUGUUUUUGUGUUUCCUUGUAAUGAUAUGUUACUUUGUUUCUGGUUUACAUAAAUACCUAAGAUUUAAAGAUUUUCUGUAAAUACAUCCUUCAUGCCAUAAAAGUUUAAAAAGUC